CAAAAUUAAAAGUUCAUAAAAUUUACAAUAAAUCUCAUCUGUUAUAUAAGUUUCUGCUAAUAAAGGAAAAGAUAUGAAACAAAAAACAAACCAGCUAUAAUGACAGGGAUAGAAGGAGACAUGUCCACAGAAGAAAGGGAGCGUUACAUAGAGUACUUCAAGUCAUAUGCAAUGAAGGAACAUCACAAUGAUCUGGUAGAAGUAUUGCUACAACCAGAAGAAGUGGAUCAUGCCUCAAUCACCAUCAAUGCUUUGAAUCUGUUUGACUUUGAGGCUGAACUGGAUGUGUCAGAACCACUGGUAUACAACUCACUUACCAUUCUGCCAUUGUUUGACAUUGCAUUACUAAGAACAGCCAGAGCCAUCUUUAGGGACCACCCACAAAAUGAUGAUAUGUGCAUUAAAGAACGAAUACAUGCCAGGGUAAUGGGACUACCUGUGUGUCCAGAACUGUGCAGGGAGACACUUCCCAAAGCUGCAGACAUAGGAACUUAUCUUUGUAUAACAGGUACUGUCAUAAGAACAAGCCAAGUGCGAAUGUUGGAAUAUGAAAAAGAAUUCAUUUGUAACACUUGCAAACACAUCUUUAAUGUCAAGGCAGACUUUGACCAAUACUACAGUGUCUGUAGACCCAACAAAUGUCCCAAUACUGAAGAUAACUGCAGUAAUACCAGCAAUUUUAGCCCAGUUGUAGAUGCAGGUGGACCACCAGUUAAGUGUCGGAACUACCAGGAAGUUAAAAUACAAGAACAAGUCCAGAAGUUGACCAUGGGAACAAUACCACGCUCUAUGUGGUUGGCGCUUGAGGAUGAUCUUGUAGAUAGCUGUAAACCAGGGGAUGAUGUUGCUGUAUGUGGGACGGUCUUGCGUAGAUGGAAGAGUUUUGGGAGUGAAAGUCGUUGUGAUAUUGAACUAGUGGUUAAAGUGAACCAUGUACAAGUCCUGAAUGAACAACAAACUGCAGGCAUUCUCACACAGGAACUGAGAGAGGAGUUUCAACAGUUUUGGGAUAGAAACCAGUAUUCACCAAUGACAGCCCGUAACGAAAUCCUAGCAAGUCUCUGUCCCCAGGUGUAUGGUCUCUAUGUAGUGAAGCUUGCAGUGGGGCUGGUACUGGCUGGAGGGGUGCAGAGAAGGGAUGAUAAUGGGACUAAAGUUCGAGGAGAGUCACAUUUACUGCUAGUGGGAGACCCUGGUACAGGGAAAUCUCAAUUUCUGAAGUAUGCAGCAAAGAUUACCCCCAGGUCUGUACUGACUACAGGGAUUGGAAGCACCAGUGCUGGCUUAACUGUCACAGCAGUUAAGGAUGGUGGAGAGUGGGCAUUAGAAGCAGGUGCCCUUGUACUAGCAGAUGGAGGAUUAUGUGCUAUCGAUGAGUUCAACAGUAUAAAGGAACAUGACAAAGCCAGUAUACAUGAAGCCAUGGAGCAGCAAAGUAUCAGUGUUGCUAAGGCAGGCCUGGUGUGUAAACUGAACACAAGGACAACUAUCCUAGCAGCCACUAACCCCAAGGGUAAAUAUGACCCUGAACAGUCACUGAGUGUCAACAUUGCUCUAGCUAGCCCUCUACUAAGCAGAUUUGACUUAGUAAUUGUACUCCUAGACUCAAUGAAUGAAGAGUGGGAUCGUGUAGUGUCAAGUUACAUAUUAGAGGAGAAGAACCCUUUAGACCACAUGCACAACACAUCACUAUGGAGCAUGGACAAGAUGCAGGCUUACUUAUGUAUGAUCAAGUCCUUCAGUCCCAUGCUUACUGACAGUGCUGUGAAGGUCCUGCAGGCCUACUACAGGGCCCAGAGAAUGGCAGAUGGUCGCAAUGCAGCCAGGACAACCAUGAGGCUACUAGAAAGCAUGAUCAGACUUUCUCAAGCUCAUGCCAGGUUGAUGUUCCGCAAUGAAGUUCUCACGCAAGAUGCAGUUGUUGCAGUUUCCAUUAUGGAGUCAUCCAUGCAGGGAGCUGCUUUAUUGGGUGGAGUGAAUGCAUUACAUACUUCAUUCCCUGAGGAUGCAGAGAGUGAAUACAGGGCACAGGCGGAAAUGAUUCUUGGACGUUUAAAUCUCCAAGAGGAGUUAACGAUGGAAAACUCCAGGCUUGAUGAGGAGGCUCGUCUACGAGAAGAGACAACAGCUCUGUCUGGUGAUAGAUCAACAUCUCCUCCUGGUGGUGACAAUCCAAACCAAGCACAUCAAGUGACUAAAUCAAAUAAACAGACAAAAUGGAUUAAUAAUAACCAAAAUGACAAUUAUAACUCAGGUGACAAAAGUAACCAAGAUAGCAAAAAUGAUACAAGUUUUUUAUCUGUAUCCACAUUACUGAAUGAAAGUGUUUCAGAGGACUGCGGAACAAGUAUGAUCUCAUCACCAAUAUUUGAAGCUCCUAAAUCCAAACCAAUAAGGCCAGCUUCUAAUGUAAAAUAUACAGCAACAGAACAAUUCAAUACAACAGUAGAUGAGCAUUUGAAGCCAAGCACACAGGCUAUACCAAUCCUACAUAGUACUCCCCUGAAGGAAAGGAACAUGAGAAAAGAGUCAAUCCAGAAGACUGGUGAAGUAUUAUCACAAAUACCUCAGGAUUUGGACAAUGAAGUACGGCAAAAUUCCGAUUGGUUAGAUGCAAUUGACAAUAAUGAUCAUAUUAAAAAACAGACAAAUCCAAAAUUUGUGAAUAAAAACAAAGUGAAUGCAGUAACUAUAACAAGUGAGAGUACCACACUUAGAGGAAAAUGUACAAAAGGAAUUAAAAUAAAAUCCUCAUUAUCUGCAAAAUUAAAAAGGAAACUGAAUAAAUUAGACAAUGAAGGAUGUGUAGAUACUACAGACAAAUCUGCUGAUAUUUCUCCAGAAAACAACAGUAAUCAUGACAUUGACAAUCCAAAAAACUUAGAUGAAAGCAUAUCAUUUUCCAAUGAGAAUAAAGCAGGGGAGCAAGUUACCAAGAAAAGGAAGGUUUCACAAACAACUCUUUCAAAGCUCAGUAAGUUUGCAUUUGACGAUUCAUCAAGUAAUCCAUUUGCAGUUGAUGACAAAACACCAGUGACUCAAAAUGAUCAGUCAGUCUUAAAUAAUACUAGGACUGCAUCACUGACUCAAAAUGAUCAAUCCCCAUUGGAUGAAGUAAACUCUGCUAAAGAUAUUAAGUCCAAACAUGAUGACAAACCCAAGAGAGAUAUUUUAACAGCUCUUGAUGAAUCCUUAGAAACGGAAAAUGCUGACUUUGAUAACCAAUUAGAAUUCGAUCCAUCACAGCAGGCCAGGGAAGCUGCUAAACCACUGAAAAGGUUCAGUUUCAAAACUUCAAAACAAAUGCCAAUAAAACAGGCAAAUGUGAAAGUCUCAACAGCAGGUUUAGGUGAAGGAUCAAAUUCUUGCAAUAUAAACGUGAGUGAUAGACUUAAACAGUUUGAAAGAAAAAAUAUGCCAAAAACGACUGUAGGAGCAACUCAAAACAAAAACCCAACUUCAGUUAAUCCACUACUCAGGGGAACAGUUAAUACUGUGAAUAACACUGUGGCAUCUAAUGCUAAAAUAAAACCAACUCUUAUCCCAUCGGACAAAACAAGAAUGCAAAACAAUAUUUUGAAUGUUGCAGAAAAUACUCAGAGGAACAAAAUACAGUCAGCAAUACCUAAAACUCCUCUGUUGGGGAAACCUGGAACUCUUGGGCAAAGUUUAUUUAAAAGUCCAGAUGAUUUAACUGAUGCAGACCUUGACUUAGAUUUCUAAUGUACUGUACUCCCACUAAUAUUUG